AUGACAGAGCAAAAACGUGUAAUUUUAGUGACUGGAGCAAAUAAAGGUAUCGGUUUUGAAGUUGUGAAGAAAUUUCUUCAAGAAUCUUCUUCGAAAACUAACAAUAAUGAUGUUAUUCUUCUUGGCAGUCGAAAUAUAAAACGCGGUGAAGAUGCAAUCCAGCAAUUGGGUUGUCCAUCAAAUGUACAUUUAUUACAAUUAGACACAUCAUCAAAAGAAAAUAUAUUAAUUAAUAAUGCUGGAAUUGUACCAAGAGAAGAUUCAAUUGAAGCAGCAAAAUCAACACUAGCAACGAAUUAUUAUGGUGUUAAAAUGGUUAAUGAACAUUUAAUUCCAUUAUUACACGAAAAUGGUCGUGUUAUUAAUGUUGCUAGUACUGUUGGUUCAAUGGGAUUAUAUAUUUGCUCAAAAGAACUUCAAAAACGAUAUACAUCAUCCACAUUAACAAUAGAAGAACUUGAUCAUUUAGUGGAAGAUUUUCUUUCAGCAUUUGAAUCUCAUAAUUUAGAACAUAUGGGAUAUCCUUCUGAAUUACCUUUUAAAGCGUACUCUGUUUCUAAAGCUGCAUUAAUUGCCCUUACACGAAUUGAAGCGCGCGAAUAUUCUCAUAAAAAAAAUAUAUCGAUUUAUGCUGUAUGUCCAGGAUUUUGUGCCACCGAUCUUAAUAAUAAUGCUGCUGGCGCUCGAUCAGCAUCAUUAGGUGCUGAUUCAAUUCUGUACAUGAUCAAUACACCAACAAAUGAAUUAGAAAAUGGUGGAUUUUACCGAGAUGGUGAAAAACUAUCACAAAUAUGUGAUGAUGAUGCGGCAGUAAGAGCAUAUAUUGAACAUUCGAAAAAGCUUGUCGAAAAAAUACAAUAG